UGCUGGGGUACAGGAUAUAGGGAUGCAGGUGCUGGGUGCAGUGUGGGGAUGCUGAGAUCAAUGCGGGGCUCAGUGUGGGAAUGCUGGCUGUGGGAUGCUGGGCUCACCGCCCCUUCCCCAGCUCGAGGAGUCACCAGCAGCAGUGCCAGCGCUGCAGACUGUUUGGAAUAGUUUAAAUGCUUUGACACUCUGGAUGUACUAGAUGGCAGGGGAGGCAGUUUACAGCGUAAUUCAUAUGCAAAACUGCACUAUAAAUUUAAAACCUGUCUCAGUUGCCGUGGCACCACUAAGCAUUUCAUCAGCAUACAGUACAGUAUUUCUGCCAUCUUUGUUUGCAUUGCAGUGACUCAUCAAAAGUCUGUCUUGUACCAACACUGAGAGCAUUCCUCUGGCACUGAUAUUUCUCUGUUUUUAAAGCUUCGGUUUGAAACUGGCAUUUACUUCAGGUCCCUAAUCAAAGGGCUCUAUUCAUCGCAGAGAGCAGCCUGAAUGUUAAUCUGCAUCCGGCCUAUUCAUUUAGAUGCUAUGCACUGCCGUGGAGAUUUGACUUGGUAAGAGCUUGAGCUCCAGCAGAUAGAAGCAAAGGGCUCCGCGCUGCUUUCCUCCCCCGAGCGCUCGGCGUCCCCACACAGUGUGGGGUGAGAGGAGGGCAGGGGACCCCCGGACACGGCUGGAAGAUGUGCCCUACUUUGGAUACCCCUGCAUUGAAUGCCUGAGGAGCUCCGGCGGAUCCUGAGCCAUGUCGCAGAUGUUGCACAUAGAGAUUCCCAACUUUGGGAACACCGUGCUGGGCUGCCUGAACGAGCAGCGCCUGCUGGGGCUGUACUGCGAUGUCUCCAUCGUGGUGAAGGGCCAGGCCUUCAAGGCACACCGUGCCGUGCUGGCUGCCAGCAGCCUCUACUUCCGAGACUUGUUCAGCGGGAACAGCAAAAAUGCCUUUGAGCUGCCGGGGACGGUGCCCCCUGCUUGCUUCCAGCAGAUCCUCUCCUUUUGCUACACCGGCAAGCUCACCAUGGCGGCCAGCGAGCAGCUGGUGGUGAUGUACACGGCGGGCUUCCUGCAGAUCCAGCACAUCGUGGAGAAGGGGACAGACUUGAUGUUCAAGGUGAGCUCGCCCCACUGUGACUCUCAGACCGCCAUGAUCGAAGACCCCUCCUCAGAGCCGCAGAGCCCCUGCAACCAGCUGCAAUCGGCCUCUGCGCCCUACGUCAUGUCCCCCUCCAUGCCCAUCCCGCUCCUCACCCGGGUCAAGCACGAGAGCCUGGAGCUGCCGCCGGCCGCCGUGCCGGGCCUGCCUGCCAAGCGGCCCCUGGAGCCGGGCGCACGUGAUGGCCCUGCAGGAGCAGGCCCUGCUGCCGGCCCGCUGAAGCUGUCGCGUGUCUCCUACUAUGGGGUGCCCAACCUGGCCUCCCUCCUGCCCACCGUGCAGCAGGUGCAGUACUCGCAGGGGGAGCGCACCAGCCCCGGCGCCAGCAGCAUCCCCACCACCGACAGCCCCACGUCCUACCACAACGAGGAGGAUGAGGAGGACGACGAGGCGUACGACACCAUGGUGGAGGAGCAGUACGGGCAGAUGUACAUCAAGUCCUCGGGAGGCUAUUCUGUUGCACAAGAAAAGCCGGAGCAGAUCCCGCUGGAGAACCGCUCCUGUGUCCUCAUCCGCCGGGAUCUGGUUGCCCUCCCAGCCAGUCUCAUCAGCCAGAUCGGGUACCGCUGCCACCCCAAGCUCUACUCCGAGGGGGACCCUGGGGAGAAGCUGGAGCUCGUGGCAGGCUCAGGUGUUUACAUCACGCGGGGGCAGCUGAUGAAUUGCCACUUAUGUGCUGGUGUCAAACACAAAGUCCUCCUGAGGCGUCUCCUGGCCACGUUCUUCGAUCGGAACACCCUUGCCAACAGCUGCGGAACCGGAAUCCGCUCCUCCACGAGCGACCCCAGCAGGAAACCUCUGGACAGCAGAGUCCUGAACGCCGUGAAACUGUAUUGUCAGAAUUUUGCCCCGAGCUUUAAGGAAAGCGAGAUGAAUGUCAUAGCAGCUGAUAUGUGCACCAACGCCCGCCGGGUCCGCAAGCGUUGGCUCCCGAAGAUCAAAUCCAUGCUGCCCGAGGGGAUGGAGAUGUACCGCACCGUGAUGGGCUCCACCACAAACAGCGUCCCUCUGGAUCCCGAAUUCCAGCCCAGCUCUGCUCAGGUCUUUGAGCAGCAAAUCUAUGCAGAAAGGAGGAGCGAUUCAGGAACUAUAGUGGCACUGAGAACUAACACAGUGAGCGUCGAUCUGAGCAACGGAUCCAGCCAGUCCUUCGAACAGAGCGAGGAUGCCGAGGGCGCCGGCUCUGUCAUACAGGAGGCGGCUGCCACGGAUGCCAUGGCAUCGGAUACCCAAAGCACUCCCCAACCUUUUGAGCAGGGCUCGGGCCCCUCCAGCCGGCCCGAAACUCCGGUGAGAAGACAGGAUGGCACUUAUGGAGGGACUUUAUAGAGAGAGCAAACGUUUUGUGACCUAUAAGGGAUCUGUAAUACUAAAGCUGCUUGCAUGCAUUACUAAUACAAAACAAAAAUGUGAUCAAGCCACUUACCUACUGAACUGCUACUGUUGCCUGAAAAAAAUGUGAUUUUUAUUCUGCUUGUAUUUAAAAUUUAUGAAGGAAAUAAUCGCAUUCGUUAUACUGUAAACGAUAGGUCUGUGGCGACCUACUUAAAAAAAGAGAAAACUAUCGGGCUCCUUUUUUUGAUAUUCCUGAGGUUAGUCUAUGCGAUUGUAGCUUUUUUUUUCUUUUUUUUUUUCCUUUUUUUUUCUUUUUUUUUUUCCUUUUUUUUUUUUUUUAAAGAAGGGGAGGAGAAAUACUCGAUGCCCCCCCCCCCCAUCACCACCCAUCCAUUCCUCAGCUCAGAAGUCCAGCCAUCGCUCACCUUGUCCUCGGCAGCGAGUUGUGCGUCGUGGAGCGCUGGGCCGCGGGCUGCUGGGCUGCACGGGGUGGGGGAAACUGCUGCGUGCUUCUGUUGGUGGAAGGUCAGGAGGAUGCAGGACGUGGCUGUUCCUCUCGCUGCCCGUCUCGGUGCUGCUCGGUUCCUCUCCCCCUCCUGCUCUGAGCUGCUCCGCUGCGCUGGGUUCUCCUCGCCCCUGCGCCCGCUCCUAUGUCCGAAAUGGAUUGGGGGCGCAAAGGCUGUUUUCUUUUUUGUUCUUUUUUUUUUUAUUGAAGAGCUUUGUACCCCUUUUUGGCCUUUGGCUCGUCCUGCUGGGAAGAAGCCCUCACACCCAACUGCCUGCCGCCCAUCCCAGGCUGCUGUCCCCGGGGCACGGCGAUGGAGCUGCGGGGGUUCGGCUCAGCAGGACGCGGUCGGCUCAGUGCUGGCAUGGAUGGAGGUGCGUGGUGCUGCACAGCGGUGCUGGGCACGGGGCAGCCCUGGCAUUGCUGAGGAUGGCUGCUUUUGCUUUUAUUCUUGAUUUUUACUGUGACGGAAGGGCCUGCGUUAGGGUACUUAGGGUGUGUUCUGCAACGGGUCCGGGGCUCUGGACGAGUGCACCACAAGCGGUCGCUUUGGGCUCCUGGAGCUCUUUCUUUCUUUCCUACUUUAGUUCCUGGAUCCAGGCAGCGCUUUGCUCAGGGUUUCCUUCCGUCUCUGUGUUGAAAUUCGGGAAGUGGAGGGGCGAGAGGCUGACCCUUCUGUUUUCUUCUAUACUUGAAGCUGUUUUUUGGCACCGUGAUACGAAGCUGUCCGGCGCUUGGCCCGUUCUGCUGUUCUUUGCCCUGAGACCAAGAAAUGCCGGGCUCCUCCCUGCCCCCCGACCCUGGACAGCACGUGGGGCAGCCCCUGCUCCAACCCCAGCAGCAGUGGCUGUGACACGGGGCACAGGACUGCCACUGCCCCGGCCCCAUUUGCACUUUACCCACAUCCACCAUCACCCGCUCCUCCCGACGCGUGGUGCUGCCCCAGCACAGCUGUUUCGGGCUUCCCCUCCCAGCCUUCCCAUGGAGCUGAGGGUCCCGCAGCCCAGGGUUCCCCCGCUGCCCUCCAAGGUGCCCCCUGCAAUGCUGGCUGCCCUGUGAGGGCUGCUCUGCGCCUGUGGGGAGCGCUGUGGGGCCUCCUCCUCCUCACCCCUUUGGAUGGGGCUGCGUGGCUCCCUGCUGGCUCGAGGGGCCCCGAGCAAAGCGCUCCCAGACAGCCCAGGGACAGCAGCAGCAGUACUUGAAUGGCUUAGGGCAGAGAAUCUGAAGAGAGUCGAGUUGCACAGUGAAAAUAUAUAUUUUUAUACCUAGCACAACUUCCUGUAUAUUUUUGGGGUUCUUUCUUUCCUUUUAUUGUUUUUUCCUUUUUUUUUUUUCUUUUCCUUUUUGUUGUUGUUUUUUCUUCUUCUUUCAUUUGGGUUCGUUUUCUUCUUAUUACUAGGAAGGCAAACUUCUAAAAUGUGAAGGGCGUUGGGUUUCUCCUUAUCUGGUAGAUGAGGGCAAGCAUUUUGCACUAAUGUUUCCUGUGUGUGGAGGAUUAAUGAUAUGUUUGACAAUGUUAUGUGGAUAAUGAUUGUAUUCUUCCGACAAACACAACCAAGUUACCCCUUUGAAACACUGAAUGUAACGCGAGAACAGAGCAGUCCAUCGAUUGUAUGCGGCUUUCCUGAGUGCCUUAGAAUUUUUUGAUCCUUUUUGUUUCUUUUCUUUUGUUUUUUUCUUUGUUUUCUUUUUUUUUUUUUUUUUUCCCAAGGAAAACAGAUGGAGAGAAUCAGAUCAUAACCAACUCCUUCCUCCUCUUUGUUUACGACACUAUUUUAAAUUAUAGAAUUUGGGGCUGCUUUAUAAUGUGAAUAGGAAACUGCAUUCAUCUAGGUCUGAUAGUGUAAAAUCAGAGCAUCAGUAUUUAUGGUAUGUCUGCACCUUUAUUCCUAUGCUUGACUAUUAGCAAUAUUACAUGUAUAUUAUAUAUCUGAAGUUAUACCAAGCACCUUUAAAGAAAUCAGAGCGCGUGCUCCGUGCAGCCCCCACACCCCCAUGCCCACCCAUCCCUGUGCCCUCACAUCCCUGUGGCACCACAUCACCCUUUCUCCACAUCCCCACAGCCCCGUUUCUCAGCUCCAGGCAGCACAGGGCUGCAGGACCCUCCUCCUCCCCGCCGUGUCCCAGCAGCGGUGCGGUGCCAUUCCCACCCUGCUGGGAGGUUUCACGUGGGGCUGGUGGCCACACGGAGCCGCCGGAGCAGGGAUCGAUGCCUUUCCUUGUCGUUUUCCUGCUAAGCUUUUGUUGGGAUUGCUUGUAUUUACAGAAAUAACUCGCUGUGAGCGGAGAAGGGUGUACGGCCCAUUAAGCAACCGAGAGCCUCCGCCGGCUGUAAAUCCUGAAGGCGGGGAGCUCGCGGCCGCCUGGGGCUCCAACUGCUGUUUCCAAGUGUCCCUGCUGUACAGAUGUGUCACGUUGUUGUCGGCCCAGGCCUCGGGGCUGCCCCAAAGGCGGGGCUGUGGGAGCUCUGUGCACCCGGUGGGCGCCGCCAUGAGUUUCUUCCACUGUUAUAGAAGCGUUUUGCACAACGACGGUUGGGUUUUUAUGUCGAAGUUUAAAAAAAAAAAAAAAAAAAAAAAAAAAAAAAAAAAAAAAAAAAAGUAAUAAUAAUAAAAAAAUAAUAAAGAAUAAAAUAUAUAUAUAUAUAUAUUAAAAGAAGAGGGAAAAAAAAAAAAAAAAAAAAAGCCAAAACUCGCAAUACUAUUUUUAGCAGACAGGAGAAUAAAUAAACGAACAAAGACGAAACGAAAGAAACGAACGGAGCGGAUGGCGAAAGGACGCCGCAGGGCGAAGCUCCGAGCCGCCCUUGGGGUCGGGGCGCUGCGGCGUUGACCUUCGGGCGCUUUGGGGGAAGGCAAAGCGAAGGGCUGAGCGGCGCCGCCGUUCGUUCGGCAGCGGCCCGGCGCUGCGCGCAGUACUGUGACUCCACGACUGUUAUCGCGGUGCUGUCGGAGCGCCCCGCAGCACCGCUGAGCUCUGUCUCUCAGCCACGGACGAUGCUCGCUUCCUUUUGUUUUGGUUGGUUUUAUGUUGUUGUUUUUUUUUCUUUUUUUAAUUUCUCCUUUGAUCGCGCAUUAUUCACUGGUAUUUAUGUGCUCUUUGUGUAGUUAUGACUGUUAUUUUGUAGCCACGGCUGACGCCAUAUAGAAGUAACUAAAAUGAGAAAUAAAAGGUUAAGGACACCCCCCUCCCUCCCCUUCCCCCCGUUGGAACUGUGCUCACAGCUGUUUUCAGAUGACGGAAAAUCCAUUUCUGAGAAAGGAAGACGCGGACGGUGCGACCAUUCAUUGUACCAGGCUUUGUAAAGUUCACAUUUACAGAAUAAUAAAGGAGAUGAUGAUUGCA